CAGUAGCGGGCGGCAGAGCUGGCAUAAAGGGGACUAGUGGUAAAGAGAUCUGAUGGAAGGGUGGCGAAAGGGGUCGAAGACAGGGCACGGCUCCUAGACAGGGCGGAUCGGAGUUCCUGGCUGGCUCUCCGCACGUCGGGUGCUGUACUGGCCACAAAACCCCUGGAUAUGCGAGAUUUAGGUAGCAGUUGCCGUCAUGCUGAAAGCUGUAAUCCUGAUUGGAGGCCCUCAAAAGGGGACUCGCUUCAGGCCUUUGUCUUUUGAGGUGCCCAAACCCCUGUUUCCAGUGGCGGGGGUCCCUAUGAUCCAGCACCACAUUGAGGCCUGUGCCCAGGUCCCUGGAAUGCAGGAGAUUCUGCUCAUUGGCUUCUACCAACCUGAUGAACCACUUACCCGGUUCCUAGAAGCUGCCCAGCAAGAGUUUAACCUUCCAGUCAGGUACCUGCAGGAAUUUGCCCCUCUGGGCACAGGAGGCGGUCUCUACCAUUUCCGGGAUCAGAUCCUGGCUGGGGGCCCCGAAGCCUUCUUCGUGCUCAACGCUGAUGUUUGCUCCGACUUCCCCUUGAGUGCCAUGUUGGCUGCCCACAGACACCAGCCUCACCCUUUCUUGCUUCUGGGCACUACGGCUAACAGGACACAAUCCCUCAACUAUGGCUGCAUCGUAGAGAAUCCACAGACACACGAGGUCCUGCACUAUGUGGAGAAACCCAGCACGUUCGUCAGUGACAUCAUCAACUGCGGCGUCUACCUCUUUUCCCCAGAAGCUCUGAAGCCCCUUCGGGAUGUCUUCCAGCGUAAUCAGAAGGAUGGGCAACUCUGCCUUCCUGUGGGGGAGGACUCCUCAGGCCUGUGGCGGGGGGCAGGCACCAUCCGCCUGGAGCAGGAUGUGUUCUCGGCCCUGGCUGGGCAGGGCCAGAUCUACGUGUACCUCACUGACGGGAUCUGGAGCCAGAUCAAGUCUGCAGGCUCCGCACUCUAUGCCUCCCGCCUCUACCUGGGCCAGUACCAGCUCACGCACCCCGAACGCCUGACCAAGCACAGCCCAGGGGGGCCACGGAUUCGAGGAAAUGUUUACAUUCACCCAACGGCUAAGGUGGCCCCAUCAGCUGUGCUGGGCCCCAACGUCUCCAUUGGGGAGGGGGUGACUGUGGGCGAGGGUGUGCGGCUCCGAGAGAGCAUUGUCCUUCAUGGAGCCACGCUACAGGAGCACACAUGUGUUUUGCACAGCAUUGUGGGCUGGGGAAGCACUGUGGGGCGCUGGGCCCGUGUGGAGGGUACCCCGAAUGACCCCAAUCCCAACGACCCUCGAGCCCACAUGGACAGUGAGAGCCUCUUCAAGGAUGGGAAGUUGCUGCCUGCCAUCACCAUCCUGGGCUGCCGUGUCCGGAUCCCUGCUGAGGUGCUCAUCCUGAACUCGAUCGUUCUGCCACACAAGGAGCUGAGCCGAAGCUUCACCAACCAGAUCAUCCUCUGAAGGGGGCUGCCACAGGGCCCCCCCAACUCCUACCCCUCCAGCCUGUGUCCAGAAUGGACCUGGGGAAGCCAGGCAGAAUCUCACACAUCCAGAACAACGUGGGUGGGCAGAGGACUCCUGGCCUCCCUUUCCACUCCUAAUAAACCCCAUGAACCUUGGAGCCAGCGAGGACUCAGCUUGUGCCUGGACUGGUGUGGGGGUGGAAGGGGGGCAGCUGAGUCAGGCCCCCCCACAUUAGCAUUUAA